AUGACCACCUGGCUAACAAGGCAAGAAAAAACUGCGUGGUUUGAAUGCUAUCAAUUGUCUUUACAAAAUAGACCAGUUCUACGUCAGCAAGAUAUUCUCCAGAAUCCAUCUGGCUUAGGUAUUAACAUAGCUAAAGUAUCUCCUCUUCCACAACAACCCCUUCAAUCAAUUCAACAAAACCACCAAUAUCAUGGCUUCAUAUGUGAUAUCAAGGAGUUUCUGAAUCGCCUAAUGCACGGUCAGCCAGGUUUUAUGUCCAGAAAUCAAGUCAAUAUUGCAAAUCUCCCAUUUGAUUCACUUGACGUAUUCACUAGUUUCAAACUCACUCCAAUUCACCUUGGAGAUGAUGCUAGUGCAAGUGUAAAGUACGAAGUCAUCAAAGCAAGACCUAGGUCCAAAGAAAUUGCUCCACAGUUUGAUAAUGUUGUCAUAUUAGACUCAUUAGAAGCAGAGUCAACAGGUGUUGCUGGUAAUAUUUUCCUCUAA